AUGAGCAAUCAGUAUCAGGCAUCACCUUCUCCUCAUCCCUACCGGCCUUUGUCCAUGAAGCGCCGCCCAAAUCAGGCCAAUAAUGCUUAUCAGUCCGAACAGAACGUUGUCCAGUGGAAUGAUUCUGCUCCUGAUCUUGAAGGCAACUGGCCGUUGGGUAGUGUUAUUCGAGUUUCUACACCUCAGCCCAGAUUCCAGCAUGCGAGUAGCAGUAUUUGGCCUCCAAUGCAUCAAUCUGGCUUACGGCCUUCGGAUAAGAACUUUCAAUCUCUUCAUCCUUCUCCUCAACAUGAGAUCCGGCCAUUGAACGGUUUGGCUCCGCCUACACAAUACGGCCAGCCCUCGAAUAACGCUGCUCCAUUUUCUGCUGGUCAAGCUGGGCUGAAUACUUCCAAUGUAAAUGUUGGAUCUCCUCAUGCUCAAUAUGGGAUACAAUAUUCGAGGAGCGAUCUUGAAUCUUCUUUUGCUCAACCUGGCACUUGGCGCUCGAAUACAGAUCUUCGAUCUCGUCCUCCUCAGCCUGAACAUCGGCCCUUGGAUAACUUCGCUUCACAACAUACGCCAACAUUCCCUCGUCAGCUCUCGAAUAACGUUGCUCAACCCCCUCCACCUCAGCCUUGGUACUCUUUGAAUAGCAAUCUUCAUUCAUCUUCUCCUCGACAUGACACCCGGCCCUCGAAUAACCCUGCUCGACAUCGUAAUCCAUACCGCUAUGGUUCUCAGCACUCGAGUAGCGACGGUCCUUACACUCCCUCAUAUCAUGGUCCGACUUCGCCUCACGUAGCUCCACAUAAUAACGGCGCUUCUCAUGAGUCGCAGCACAUGCAAAGGUUCAGUCCAUAUCCUGCAUCUUCAUCCUACAUGCUAGCUCCUCCAAACAAUUUUGUUCCACAGUCUCCGUCUCGCCAUGGUCCUCGGUUUUCAAGAAGCUCUACUACAUAUCCUAGUUCUUCCCCCUCCAAUCCACAGCCUCCAAACGAUCAUACUCCACGAACUCCAUCUCGACCUGAUCCUCGUUAUUCGAACAGCGUUGCUACACAACAUUCUUCUUCCCCCUACAAUCGACAGCCUCCGAGCGACAUGGCUAUAAAAUCUCCUUCUCACCGCGCUGAUCAUCGGCAUUUGAGUAGUUCUGCUGCACAACAAGCUUCUUCUCGCUAUGAUAUCCAAGUCCUAAAUCGUCUUGGUACAAGUCUUGCCUCCUCUGGUCCACAGUCCUCCAACAGUCUUCUUGCUCCAAAUCAUACUUCUGCUCACAAUGUUGCCAACCCUUCAAGUGUCCUCGCUCCGCCUUCUGUCACGUAUGGUGCCCAACGUUCGCAUGGCCUCGCUCCGAACCAUCCUUUCUCUCACCACACUCCCCAACCUUCGAAUAUCCUCGCUUCGCCUCCGACAUUUCUUCGUUCUCAGCAUCCGGGCAUGUCGGCUACAAAAUAUCUCUCACGCUCCGGCCUGCAGUCUUCGAUUGAUCUUCAGGCACAACUAUUUCAGAACCCUGCCGAAGACCAGGCCAAGGACGAAGGCAAGCAAUAUGCGCAGAAAGGUGAUAGUGCCAUCAGAGGUUGGGGCAGCGCACAGGACGAAACGACAUUCCAGGUCAAGAAUAAGUACAAGCGAAGUAAGCAGAACAACGUCAAUAACUCAAAUAAGUAUGGUAAAGCACAAGAUGAAAUGGCAGACCAAGAGGAUGAGGUGGAUGAAGAAGAAGAAGAACAAGGGGAUGAGGAAAAGGAAGACGAGGAUGAGCAAGAAGUAGAGUACGAGGAGGAGGAUGAGGAAGAAGACGAUGAAUUUAGCCGCCCUAUUGAACCGCGGCCGAACUUUCGGUUUUCGCAUAACGUUGACCAAUUUCUCGAAAAGCAGAAAUGGGAUCAGCAGCAAGCUAUCCUGUCGAAGCAGGUGGAUCAAGUGAACCAAAGGGUGCAGAAACUGCAAAGGGAGUACCAAUCACAACAAAAAAAAGUGGUUCAACAACCGCUAGGUGACGCAGAGCAUGAGAACUAUCGAACACGAAAGAGAGAGAGAAAAUGGCGUGACCAAGAAGAAGAAUUCAUUGGCUUGAAAAAUUUCAAAGGACGUCAACGAGGUUGGGAUGGGAAACGUGAGUCCGAAAGACCGGGGUACGUUGAGGAAGAUGGCAUUGUGAAGAAGAGAAGAGGCCGACCUAGGAAGGAAACUACUCAGGACUCCUCUCCACUGGUGAAGCAUGGGUAUACUGAGAAUCAAAGCACUCCAGGGAAGAAACCAAAAGCAGCACCAGCCAAGAAGGCGGGUCGACACAAGGAGGCAGCUACGGAAGACUCCUCUCCAGUUCAGUUGCCUCUAGCAGUUACGAUUAAGCAGUACCAGGACGAUAUCGAUAACUUUCGGACAAGAACGGCUAUGGGUGUCAUUGCGAUAGAAGAAGCAGCUGCUGAAGCAGACCGACAACAGCGUGCGUACUCUGGGACAAUCAAGUGGGACUACGAUAUUAUUUCCAGUGGGGGCCUUCGAGAUGAUACUUUCAAGGAGGAUGAAGAAAAGAAGAAACCUCCAUCAUCGUUCCGGGGUACAAUGAAAGCAUCGGCCAGGAAACAAGGGUCUGUCCCGGCGAGGGAGGAUCAAACUGAGGCGGAGCAAGGAGACUGA